UCUGUCUCAGCCUCAGAAGAAACAGGACACCAGAGGGAGAAGCUAUGGCUGCCCUGAGAAGGCUACAGAACAUAACAACCCAUAUCGCGCGACCCUCUUGUUUCUUUCUUUCUCGAAGAGGCGUCGCUUCCAAGCUCUUUGUUGGAGGGCUUUCAUUUUACACCACAGAGAAGGGUCUGUCAGAGACAUUUUCUCAAUUCGGCCAAGUCAUUGAAGCUAAAGUCGUUACUGACAGAGUCUCAGACAAAUCAAAGGGUUUUGGAUUUGUCACCUAUGCUUCACAAGAUGAAGCAGAGACGGCCCUCAAAGAAAUGAAUGGAAAGCCUCUAAAUGGACGUGUUAUCUUCGUGGACUAUGCAAGACCUAAGACUUUUGGUGGUGGCAUGCCAAUAGCAAGAGGACCUCCUGAAUUGCCACCAAAACAGAGUGUCGUUGAAGAAGGAACCGAAAUGCCCAGAUAAACUGCUUGAUAUAGCACACGCCUAUUUUCCAGUUCCUUAUAUUGAUCAAUCGGGGGAACCUAGCCGAUCAAGAAUUAGGCUUUUUUGGUCUUCAGGUAUCAGCCCGCGACCACAGACUGGCCAUACUACAUCAGUUUAUAAGGUGUGAUUCAAAAAUAACUCUUACCUGUUGAGGAAUUCCAACAAAUACAACAUUUCUGUACCUGGUGGUUUUGUUAGAAUAUAUUGUUGAAAGUUUUAUUUUGUACUUCUUACACUAGCAAGUAGUGGACUCAAGCCUAGGACUUGGGAGCUUAACAAUAAAUUGAUUAUUACCCAAAAGGUUUGACCAAGUGACUGAAGCAUGAUUCUUGUGCUUGAAGGUCUUGAUUUCGGUUCUUGACAAUAACCUCUUGGUUGAGCCAUUGCUCAUGGUCUUCUUUGUGUAGUGCAGUUUACUUUUCCUGUGUGGUUCGUAGGUUAUUAUACAAGAGUGGAGUUUUUUCCAUGCACACUCUUGGAUAGUAGUUGUGUGUUGCUUUCGUCAUCCAAAAUAAAUAAAUAAAUAAGUUGAUUCUUUA